UUCUGCAGGUUAUUACUAAAUGUAUAAGUAACAGCUGCAAAGCUAUUUCAAAAUGGCUGAUAAAACUGCUCCAGACACUCAGCUCAGGUUGGACUGGGUUUAUGGUUACCGUGGGCACCAAUGUCGAAGCAACCUCUUCUACACAAAAGCAAAUGAAGUUGUUUACUUUGUUGCAGGAGUGGGAAUUGUUGUCGAUCCAUCACGACGGAAACAAAAAUUCUUCCUUGGUCAUGAUGAUGACAUAAUUUCUCUUUCGCUCCAUCCUUCUGGUCAGUUGGUUGCAACUGGUCAGGUUGGUAAAACACCAUAUAUCUGUGUAUGGGAAUCAUCUACAGUUAAAACAAUGUCUAUUUUGAAAGACCAACAUACACAUGGCAUUGCUGCUCUUGCAUUCAGCCCCAAUGGAGAGCGUUUAGUUUCUGUUGGUCUCGAUACAAAUAAUCUCGUGGUGGUUUGGGAUUGGAAAAAAGGACGGAUGCUUUCAAAUGCUAGAGGUCAUACUGAUCGAAUUUUUGAUGUGCAAUGGAUUGAUCAAGCUCAAUUUGUGACCUGUGGUGUGAAACAUAUCAAAUUUUGGAAUCUGUCUGGAAACUCUUUAACUAAUAAGCGUGGUGUACUGGGGAAAUUGGGAGAAGUACAAACUGCUCUUUGUGUCAGAUGUAGUGCCGAUAAUGUAUAUUCUGGUAUGCUUUCUGGUGAUAUUUAUGUUUGGCAAGGACACAAUUUAACUAGAAUUGUGUCACAUGCACAUAUUGGGGGCAUAUUCUCAAUGCAUUCGUCUGUCGAUGGUUAUGCCACAGGAGGGAAAGAUGGAAAUGUAAGAUUAUGGGAUGCAGCUUUCAACCCUCUGGCAACCAUAAGUCUUGCAGAUUGUGCGCUUGGAUACAAAGGUCUCUCAAUUCGAGCUAUCUGCUGGCAAGGAACGCAUAUUGUUGCAGGUACACAUGAUGGAGAAGUAUUUGAAGUUUCUGUACGUGAUUCUUCACAUCCAGACCUAAUCACCAGCGGACAUGGAGAGGGUGAGAUGUGGGGACUAGCUGUGCAUUCCAACAAACUCAUUGUUGCAACUGGAAGUGAUGAUAAAAGUGUUAGGUUAUGGAGCGUUCCUGACCGUGCCCUGUUGGCUCGAUGUAAUCUUUCUUCUGCUGUCAGAUCUUGUGCAUUCGGCAGUGAAUACUUGGCUGUAGGUUGCAUAAAUGGUUCAGUCACUGUAUUGAAGUCACGGGACAUGUCUGUGGUAACUGAAUUCAAAGACAGAAAAGAAGCGAUUCAUGAGGUUAGGUUUUCUCCCAAAGGAUCAUAUUUAGCUGUUGCAAGCAAUGAUAAUUUUGUAGAUGUGUACAGUGUUCAACAACGAUACCAUAGAAUAGGUACUUGUGGGAAAUCCUCAAGUUUUAUCACUCAUAUUGACUGGUCAACUGAUGAACAGUAUUUGCAAACGAAUGAUGGAGCAGGGGAGCGAUUGGUCUACUCAAUGCCAAGUGGCACACAUGUUACAAGUGGUGAUGUUGUACGUGCUGUAAAAUGGGAUACUUGGACUUGUGUGCUGGGUCCAGAAGUUGCUGGAAUCUGGCCAAAGUAUUCUCAAAUUAACGAUGUGAAUGCUGCAUGUGCAGAUGCAAAGUUGGGGGUGAUUGCAACUGGUGAUGAUGCUGGUUUGGUGAAAUUGUUAAGAUAUCCAUGCCUGAAAAAAGGUGGAAAAUUUCGCAAGUAUGUUGGUCAUUCAUCACAUGUCACGAAUGUUCGUUUUACUCAUGAUUCGGAAUGGCUACUUUCAGCUGGUGGUGCCGAUCAUGCUUUGUUUCAAUGGAAGGUUAUAAAGGCGGGAGAUGUGGUAGAUUCUUUGAAUGCACAAAUAAUGGAUGUACCCGAUGCUUAUCUGGAUUCAAAUAGUGAAGACAGUGAUUCCUCGUUGUCUGAUGUUGGAGAAAUUGAUUCUGAAGUAGAAAAAGAAAGGGAAGGUAAAUAUGAUAACACAGUAGAUAAAAAUGAAAUAAAAAAAUUGCAAAGAUUACCCAAAGGUUCCAGAAAGCGAGACGGUGCACCAAGUGAUACUAGUUUAUCACUUCAAUUUGUUUUUGGAUACAGAGGCUAUGAUUGUCGUGACAAUGUUUUUUACACACAACAAGGUGAAAUAUUAUACCAUGUUGCUGCUUUAGGCAUUGUAAUGUCAAGGGAAGAUCGUAAACAGAGAUUCUACAGUGGUCAUGAUGAUGACAUUAUAUGUCUCACUGUACACCCAGCAAAAGAUUAUGUGGCAACUGGCCAGGUGGGAAAAAAUCCUUCAAUACACAUUUGGGAUGCUGAAACAACGAAACCUAUUUCUAUUUUGAAAGGAUUUCACACCCAUGGUAUUGGCUGUGUCAAUUUUUCAGGUGAUGGAAAGCGCCUGGUAUCAGUAGGAAUUGACAAUGAUCAUAUGUUAGCCAUUUGGGACUGGAGGAGAGGAGAAAAACUUGCAAGUGCGAAAGGACAUCAAGACAAAGUGUUUUGUGUGAAAUUUGAUGCAGCAAAUUGCGAAAACUUGAUAACUGUUGGUAUCAAGCACAUUAAGUUUUGGCGUCAUGUAGGUGGAGGUUUGACCAAUAAACGUGGUAUAUUUGGCACAAAUGGCAAACUGGAAUCAAUGCUUUGUGUUUCACAAGGCAAGCAAGUUGGGGUGACAUACACAGGUGCAGCAAAUGGGCAGGUCUAUGUUUGGAAUGGAAAUAAUCUUACUAGAACACAAAAAGCCCACGAUGGUCCAUGUUUUGCAAUGCAUGCACUGGAUAAAGGUUUCGUUACUGGUGGUAAGGAUGGAGUUGUGUCACUGUGGGAUGAAACAUUUGAUAGAUGUCUGAAAUCAUACUCGCUGUCAAAUCAAGCUUUAUCCACUACUAUUUAUGGUAAAAUGUUGGAAGAUAAUCCUUGUAUACGUGCUCUUACACUUGGACAUGGCAAAAUUCUCGUGGGUACAAAGAAUGGUGAAAUUUUGGAAGUUGACAAAACCGGUCCUAUUUUGCUGCUGACUCAAGGUCAUGGUGAAGGAGAGCUGUGGGGAUUGGCCUCACACCCUUCUCGUGGUGAACUUGUCACAGUUUCAGAUGAUCGAAGUGUUCGUACCUGGAAUGUGGGACCUAACGAAAUGCAAACUUAUGUCCACGCAUGCCUAAUGAUUAGAAAAUUGCCAGUUGGUGGACGAUGCUGUUGUUACUCACCUGAUGGCAGUGCUGUUGCUGUUGGUUGCAAUGAUGGAAGUUUCUAUGUUCUGAAUUCUAGGACUUUGGAAGAUAUGGUGAAGUUUCAUACUAGAAAGGAAGCAAUUUCUGAUGUUCGUUUCUCCCCGGGUACUGGGAAGUAUUUAGCCGUUGCAUCACAUGAUAAUUUCGUAGAUAUUUACAGUGUAUUAGGAAGUAAGAGGGUUGGUGUCUGUCAAGGUGCGUCCAGCUAUAUAACACACAUAGACUGGGACAUUUCUGGAAAACUUUUGCGAGUCAACACUGGAGCGAAAGAGUUACUGUAUUUUGAAGCUCCAAGAGGGAGAAGACAAACAAUAGGUGAAGAGGCAAACAUUGAAUGGAGCAGUUGGACAGGAGUCCUGGGAAAGAAAUGUGCUGGCAUCUGGCCUCCUUGUAGUGAUGUCACUGAUGUUAAUGCUGCAUGUUUAUCAAAAUCUGGCGAACUGGCAACUGCUGAUGAUUUUGGUUUUGUGAAACUAUUCUCAUUUCCAGCACUGAAUAAACAUGCAAAGUUUAAAAAGUAUACAGGUCACAGUGCUCAUGUGACAAAUGUGAGAUGGUUAUUUGACGAUAACCACCUUGCUUCAAUUGGGGGAGCAGACACAUCAUUGCUUUUAUGGCGCAGGAACAAUAUAGCAAUAAGUACGAGACAAGAAACUGCUGUUGGAGUCUCUCUGUCCCAAGCCUCCGCCUCUCAGCCGGAUGUCAGUUAUCAUGGAGACAGUGAAGGUUCUGACACUGACUCCGAAGAAGAAGGUGGUUAUGAUAGUGAUGUUGCUCAUGAAAAGAAUAUGGAUUAUGAAGAUAAGAUUUACAAGACAAGGGAUAUGCAGGGUAUACAAGGUUCACUGGAAGGUGACACCAAAAGCCAACCUGUUGUCAACCGAGCAAUGAAACAAAGCUACAAAGUAAGGCCACGAUCUGGACUUGCUAUUGACAAGGUAAAAUCUCUUUCUCUUUGGCAUGUUUUUGGAUACAGGGGAUUUGAUUGCCGGGACAAUCUUCGUUAUGUUAAUGAAGGAAUAGUUUAUCAUGCUGCAGGUGCUUGUAUAUUCCAAGAUCUUAGUACAGGAGAGCAGUCGUUCUACCUUGAACACACAGAUGACAUUAUUAGUCUCACAACGAAUCAACACCCCAAAUUUUCUGGAGUCAUAGCUACUGGUCAGUUAGGAGCAUCCGCUCCUAUACAUGUUUGGGAUGUUGGGACAAAACAAAAUUUUGGUGUCUUGCAAGGACCUCAUCAACGUGGAGUUUGCUCUCUGGAUUUCAGUGCUUCCGGUAAACUUCUGCUUUCUGUUGGACUUGAGCCAGAACAUUUUGCAGCGAUUUGGAGAUGGCAAGAAGGUGUAAUAAUGUGUAAGGUGUCAUGCUCACCACAUCGUAUAUUCCGAGCACAAUUCAGACCUGAUUCAGAUGCGAACUUUGUUUCUGUAGGUGUUAAACAUGUACGGUUCUGGCAGGUUUGUGGUGGAACUGCCAUUGGCCAGAGAGCAGUUCUUGGUGCCACCAAAGGCAUCAGAAUGCAGACGAUGCUAUGCAUUGCUUUUGGUGCUGAUAAUCUCACCUUUACUGGUGCAAUGAGUGGAGAUAUUUAUGUAUGGAAAUCUCAUGUCUUGCAUAGGACUGUUUCUCAAGCCCACGAAGGCCCUGUAUUCACCAUGUUCACUACUCUGCAAGAUGGCUUAAUAAUCACAGGUGGCAAGGAUAAAAACCAGAAAGAAAGCAGUUCUGUCAAAUUGUGGGACCAAGAGAUGAGACGUUGUCGUGCUUUUGUUAUUCCCGCAUCUUGCAUCAAAUCGGUUUGUCGCGCAAAAGGAAAAUUGGUUGUUGGUACAAAAGAUAGUCAAAUAUUCGAAGUUGCUGAAAAAAGUGGGUCAUGUUCUGGCUUGGUGCGGGGCCAUGCUGAGGGAUUGCUAUCUGGUGUUGCUUCACAUCCUACAUCUCAUAUGUGCUGCACUGUUUCAAAAGACAAGACAGCAAGAGUUUGGGAUCUGAAUGAAAAAUUACUUCUUCAUCGACUUCCACUUCCUGCAGGAGGCACUUGCUGCUGUUAUAGUAGCAGUGGCCGGCUUAUGGGUGUUGGAAUGGAUAAUGGACAAGUUCAGAUAUAUGAUGUUGCACUUGCUAAACUUUGUGAUUCAAGACGUGAUAGAGGAGGAUCUAUUAAUGAUAUGAAAUUUAGCCCUGAUGACAAAAUUCUGGCUGUGGCAUCUGAUGAUCAAUGCGUUGACUUCUAUGAGGUUAAAGAUUCAAGUCCGCAAAGGUCUGGUUAUAUACGAAAUACAACUGCAUUACAGCUGGACUUCUCUAGUGAUAAUAGUGCUAUUCAAAUCACAACAGCAAAGUAUGAAAGACAUGUAUUUAAAGUUCCUACAGGAGCGGAAAUAACUGAUCCUAGCAUCAUAAAUGAUCUUACAUGGGAUUCCUGGACAAGUAUUGUUGGCAAAGAAGUUGUUGGUAUAUGGCCAAGGGACUCUCAAAGUGCGGAUAUCAAUUGUGCUCAUGUUUCACAUGCAGGUAAUGCUUUAGUCACUGGAGAUGACAGUGGAUUUGUUAAACUCUUUGCAUUUCCAUGUCAGGAAAAGUUCGCUACUCCCAAGAAGUAUACUGGACAUUCUGCCCAUGUGACUGGCGCUCGCUUCCUCUGUGAUGACAAACACUUAGUGACAACAGGUGGCGAUGACUGCUGUGUAUUUGUUUGGAAAUGUGGAGUGUAGAAUAUAGAAAAAUUAUGCUCUUCAGGCAUAGCCAUUCCACACUUCUAGUCUUGUCACCCAAGUCCUCAGAGAUUUUCAAUAUUUAGUUGUUAUGAACAUUUUUAUACUUGUACCUAAUAUACUUUUUUUGGAAUUUGCACGCAAUAUCAGCUUCUCACCUAGCAGUGGCCGUUUAUACAAAGCCUUGUUCAGAGUGAAAAGUAUUUUGGAAACUGGUAUAGAUUGAACCAUUCAAACGCACUUUUACACAUACUAUUAUGAACUAUAUGAAAUUUACGAGAAUAAUCCCUAAUUCAGAAAUCAUGUAAUUUUAUUGCUGAUAUUUUCCCAAGAAUGGUUUCAAAAAUGUUUUAGUAAUAAAAUAUAUAUAUUGGAUUACGCCAUUCAGGGGGGUAAAUAGUGAAUACUGUAUAAAUUUAUUUUUCAAUGUAUUAGAUUAUUUAAUACAUUUCUGCAUCUCAGACAAAAAAAAUUUCCCUUUAAUAAUGAUAUUAAAUUCGUUCAUCUGUUAAUUUGUUUCAACAAAGACAAUUUAAAUUAUUUUCAAUAAUGCUUCAAAUUUGCAUGCAAUUGAAUAUGUAAUAGGUGCUUUUAUUUUAGUAUUUCUGUGUUUCAUAUAAUUUUUACCAGAAUCGUGCAGUAGUAAUCGUUCAGCAAGUCUCUCUUGUAUUUUUGUAAUUCAUUAUGCAUUUACUACAUGUUUAAUAUCCAUAUAAAAAGUUAUGUUCACUAUGUAAUAAUCAUCGUCCUCAACUUGAUUUUUUCUAAAUCAUGAUUUCUUUGCAUUCUCAAGUCACUUGUUCGUACAAAAAUUUCUCACUCUGAUCCAAUGUAUCAUAUUUUUAAUAUUUUAUAUACCAUGUUAGAUUAGUUAUAUAUUCUGUAAUUUUUUACAUUUAUUUGCUUCUGCGGUGCUAUUUCUGAUCCUGAUCAAAUCUUAAUUUAGCAAAUGAUCAAUAAGGGCAAUAAACAUAUUUAAUUAUGGGUUUAGCACAUUUCCCCAAUUUUACACAAUAUGACAAUUAAAUUUUUCUUUGCAAAUACACAAUCCUAUAUCAUUGUGAAAAUACAACUGCUAGUUAUUAAAUGUAUGAUUCGGUUCUUCCCAAAUAUGAUGAACUUUACCUAUUUCCCUUUUCGCUCUCCAAAACCACUGAACAAAAUGCAUAUGGCUGACAGUUUCCUUCACUUGGUCAAGUAGUGUUAGGAUUAGAUUUAUAUCCACUGUAAUUGUUGUUUAGCUAUUUACAAAUAAAUGAUGUCACAAAAUUUCA